AUGGGGAAUAGAUUUUUAGAUACAGACUCAGCCAAUGAUAAUGUUUGGGAUGAUAGUGCAUUAAUAGAAGCAUAUGAUAAAGCAAUAUAUUUAGCAAAAGAAGAAGUUAUCAAGCGAAUGGGAAUGGAUGUUGGAAAUUCUCAACCGAAAGAAAACCUACAAAAUCUUAAGCAGCCUAAACACGCAACACAGCUAGCGUGCGGAUCUGGACCAGCUCAAAUUGUAUUUUUACUUAUUACACUUCUAUUUAAAUAUAUUUUCUACCUUACAAUUUAUCCACGUGUUUUCUCUGUUUACACACCGAAUAACCUCAACAGCACGUGUGUUGUAAAAUUUGUAGGCUAUGGUAAUACACAGAAAGUCGAGUUGAGUUCUCUUUUAGAAUCAGAAGGUUUGCAAAGUCAAAUAGCACAACAAAAGAAAGCUUUGGAAGAGAAAUUCAAUGAAGAGAACGAUGAGACUUGUGAGACUAAUUUUUCUACAAAUGUAAAUUCGAAAAAAUAUAAUGUAGAAAAAAUGGAUUGUGACUCUGAAGAAGCAAAUGCGUAUAAACAUCACUUCAUACCGGGACCAUCUUUCAAUUCGAUGACUGAUAUAAUGCCACCUGCACCUCCUUUACCACCACAAUUAAUGGCCAAAUUACCAGAUAAUGAUACAGACGCACUUUCAAGUAUGUUGAUGUCAUGGUAUAUUAGUGGUUGCAUGGUAUAUUACACAGGUUAUUACCAUGGUUUGAAACAAGCAAGAAACAAUCAAGAGAACAGGAAGAACUGUUGAUUAUAUCAAUUUUUUCAAUAACAAUAUAACAAUAAUAUAAGAUAUAAUAAAAUAUAAAACUCAUUGUAUUUAUUUACUUCAAUUAUUUGAAAUAAAGAACAGCUUUAUUUUCAUAUAA